CCAAAGUGUCAAAACACGUGUUUUUUCACGAAAAAUACAGUUAAUAUCGGAAUGCACAAGCAAAAAAUAGAUCAUUUGGUCGUGGAUACCUCCGCGUUUAUCCAAAAUGCCCCAUUACAAGAAAUUGCUGAAAAUUUCUACACAAUUCAAGAGGUGGUGGACGAAAUCACUAAUAAACGGCAAUUACGAAGAUUAUGCGUACUUCCCUAUGAUUUAAAAAUAAAACACGUUUUUCCUGAAAAUAUAGUUGCGGUAACUGAAUUUUCAAAGAAAACGGGGGAUUAUAAAAGUUUAUCCGCUACUGAUAUUAAAGUGAUGGCUCUAACUUUACAAUUAGAAAAGGAGUACGAAGGUGUUGAACAUGUUCGAUAUGAUCCGGUUUAUCAAAAAUCUGUAAAUUACAUCAAAACAAAAGUUAAAGGAGAAGUUGCGGACAAUUUACCUGGUUUUUACUAUCCAAAACAAAAAUCAAAGCAUUUAGUUGAGAAUGAGAAUGAUGAAUUAAAUGAUGAGAAUGUUCAAGAUAAUAAUAAGAUUAAAACUGAUGAUUUAAUGAAAAAUUUACAUGAAAAAUUUGGUAACAUUGAUUUAGAAACAGUCGAUCAAAUUUACGACACCUUAAAUGAAGAAGACGAUGACGUUUUAACACCUGCUGUAGAAAAUGAGCCUCAAAUCCAAGAUUUUGAUAAAAAUCUCGAAGAAAAUGAUUGGAUUACAGUUUCAAAAAAUCGUAAACCAAAAAAAGAACUUUACAUAACUCCAAUUCAAGAUGAACCAAAUUCUGUUGAUGAAGAAGAUACCGAUUCUGGUUCUGAAUAUGAUGAUGAUAACUGGAUAACUCCUGAAAACGUAAAAAAUGCAAUUCUCCAAACAAUGGGGUUAAUGGGACAAGACGUUGAAGAUAAACCAGUAAAAGUAGCCUGUAUGACAAAAGAUUUUGCAAUGCAAAACGUUCUAAAACAAAUGAAUCUAAACGUUUCUAUCCUAAAUGGACAAAUAAUCAAACAAUUAAGAACAUAUAUUUUCCGCUGUUAUUCAUGUUAUAAAACGACAAGUAUUAUGACGAACGUUUUCUGUCCGAAAUGCGGUUACGCCACGUUAAAAAGAGUUUGCGUUUCCGUUGAUGAUGAAGGAAAACAAAUUAUUCAUAUAAAUAUGCGAAAACCGAUUUCAAAACGUGGAAAAAAAUUUAGUUUACCCACACCUCAAGGUGGAAAACACGCAAAUAAUCCAAUUUUAUCAGCGGAUCAACCAGUACCCGAUCAACGUCCAUCAAGAUUAGCACGAACUAAAACGAACGUUCUCGCUGAUGACUAUAUAACUGGUUAUUCUCCGUUUGUUACGAGAGAUGUUCAAUCUAGAUCGGCACUUUUAGGUAUUAAAAAUAAACCGCAACAAAUUAAACAUUGGAUGAGGAAAAAUCCGAAUGAAGCGAGAAAAAAACGAAAAUAAAAAUUAGUUUUACAAUUUUUUAUUUGUGCGAUUUGAAUUGUUUAAGUGAUGAUUUUGAUGUUACACAAAUAAAUUGAGGUUCUUUUAUAAAAUAAGUAAAA